AUGUCCCAGAAAGUUUUCUUUAAAGCGACAAAACCUCUCCGUUCCAAGCUGUGCGAGGGUUGUAGAAAGGAGCCCUCAGCGGGUGAACACUUCAAAGUGUGCAGUGGCUGCAAGGGUUCUGCGUAUUGCAGCAGAGUGUGUCAACAGCGAAAUUGGAAGACUCACAAACCUCUCUGCGAGCUCACUCAGCGAGAACUCUUAAAGAUACAGUUCAAAGAUCGCUUUGGGCUAUGGUCUGAACCACACAUCGACUCAACCCAGGAGGAACGCGUAAAUCUCCUUCAUGACUUUACGGAGGUGUAUGCAUGGUCCAUAGAGAAGGCCAUCUUUUCCGCAUUGCACCUUGGGGGAGGAGAGGAAUCAUUCGACUACUCCAAGGGAUGCAUCGUGUUCGAUUUGCGCUAUCGUCCCGAUUGCAAUGGGAAUCCCAGCCUCGCAUUCGAACUUUUGGAUGCGCGCAUCGAGCCGAUUGCUAGGCACCUCGAAGGUGGUUCCAUCACGGAUGCGUUCUACGCUGGCCAACCUUUGCGCGUAGCAAAGGAGAGAGAACUCAGAGCAGCUCACGAUGAUUUCCUUGGGGUAUUGAUGACGUUAUGGACGAUGGAAGCCUACGGAAACUGGCAUCCGCAUUACUAA